AUGCCGCUUCCGCCAUAUACCAAUACCGGCCCGGUCGAUUGUACGAUCAAGCCCGAUACCGGGGCGUUGAAAGGGAAAAGCGUCGUUGUUACUGGUGGUGCAAAUGGUUUUGGAGAAAGCCAUGUUCGAGCCUUUGCUAAAGCAGGGGCAUUCGUGACAUUCGGGGAUAUCGAUGAAGCCAAAGGAAAGAGUCUUGCUGGUGAACUUGGAUCAGAUGUUCAAUUCGUCAAAUGUGACGCUACGUCCUGGGACGAUCAAGUCGCCAUGUUCAAGUUGGCCGUUGCGAACUCCCCGGCGAAAAGCUGUGAUAUCGUCGUCGCCAACGCUGGGAUUACGGGACCCGAUGAGAUUUUUGCACUUGAAGACCCAUCAACCGAACCAACCAAACCACAACUACGGAUCCUCAACCUCAACCUCGUCGGGGCGAUGUACACUUUCAAACUUGGCCAGCAUUACCUCCGCGCACAGCCCGAGUCUGCGGAUCGUGACCGGUGCUUUAUCUUCAAGGGCAGUGUCGCGGGAUUGCUCGAUCAGCCUGGCUCGUUUCAGUAUUCGGCGUCCAAGUUUGGACUGAGAGGGUUGAUGAGAAGUGCGAGGUGGACCUCGUGGCAGGAGGGUGUGAGGGUGAAUUAUGUUGCUCCUUGGUACGUAUCCAUGUGCAUUUCGUCGGACCUUGAUCCACUGCUCCUUCACCGAUGA